AUGAGGGAUGCCAAGACUGCCACAGCACCAGCGAUCCAGAAGUUGAUCGAUGCUGGAGCCGUUAUUGUUGGGAAGAACAAACUAUCCGAGUUUGCGUUUGCUGGGCAGUCCAUCGUUGAUCAUGUGGAUUAUCUGAUGCCUUUCAACCCCCGUGGUGAUGGCUACCAGUCAGCAAGUGAUAGUUCUGGUGGCUCUGCAGUUGCUGCAGCAAGCUAUGCAUGGCUCGAUGCAAGUAUAGGCAGCGAUACGGGAGGAUCGAUACGAGGUCCGGCAAUCGCAAACGGCAUUCACGGCAAUCGGCCAAGCCACGGAGCUGUGUCUUUGGAAGGUGCUAUACCGCUUUCAACUUCGAUGGACACUUGCGGCACACUCGCUCGAGACCCUUCGAUAUGGAACGACAUCAAUAAGGCCCUAUAUAGCGAUUACGCGAAGACCUAUCCGGAAUUCCCAGCACAGAUCCUGAUCAACGAGGUAUCGAGCCCAGAUCCCGGUUUUGGAGCUUGGCAGAACGCAAGCAUGGCGUUGCUUGCGCAGAUUGCUCUUCACAUGAAUGCUACAAUCCACGAACUAUCGAUCGAUAAGUUGUGGAACUCUACGGCGAAUUCAACCUACAUUUUAGCGGACGACACCAAUCAAGUCUAUGGGGCACUCUGCCAGUACGAACAAUGGAACGAGUUUGGCCGCGCAUAUAUCAGCGAAUAUAAGCAGUCACACCGCGGUCAUCUUCCACACGUAGUCCCAGGCACGCUUCACGGCUGGCAAUAUGCUGAUGCCAACAUCACCGCUGAUGAUUUGGCAUAUGCUCAGGACUUCCGGCAAAUGGUCGCAAAUUGGAGCCAAGCUCAUUUCCUUGUACCAGACGAGUACGCCUGCUCAGAAGCGAUCCACAUAUUAAUGCAGCCGCCCAGUCUGAACUACAAGGUCGACGUCAGCCAUGCGACUGAGAACCCAUCGAUCAAAAAGCUUGUUACAUCCAACGUAACGUUCGCCGCAGAAUCGGUGCAGCUAGCUACUUCACUCUGUGCUCUCAACGAAACAGUAGUGCUCCCAAAGACAUUCGGCAUGACUUGUCGACAACUCCUUGACUCGGCAACUUCUAAGGAUGACUCAGACGAUGGAUCCUACACAAGCCCGCACCGACUCGCUUCGAUAGCAGGCUUACCGCACGUCGCAGUCACUCUUGGCUCCAUGGCUCUGGGGUCCGAUGCAGGACAGUAUUCAACGUUCUCAACGUCUUGGAAUGCUUCACAGGAACUUCCGUGGGGGAUGACUAUUAUGGCCGCCAAGGGAUGCGACUUCAUGAUCCAAGAUCUUAUUUCGAGCUUGUAUUUAGCUGGAAUUAUUGCGCCGAUCGAGGCGACGACAGGGUCUUGA